CUCACAUUAUUUGCCUUUACGCCAUAGUUAUACUAUUUAUAUUUGGAACAUUUAGUGUUCUUCACUUAUUCCUUGACUUUACUCUCAGUUUAUUCUUCCUAUUGGGAAUCCUCUACUUAUGCUUGAGAUUGCUAUGCCAGGCCUUGAUCUACCCUGGAUCAUUUAGAUUGUACUAAAGAAUCAACUAAAAUAAUCAAGGGUUGCUACAUGCUAAAGUAAGGUUUUGGUUCGAAUUAUUUAGAUAGUCUAAUAAUAGGUCAAGGAAUUUGAA